AUGACUGAGGACUUAGACCACAGAUUCAGCAGUCUCACCUGGGAUCAGAUUAAAAUCCUAGACCAGGUUUUAGCUGAGGCCAUCCCUAUUCACGGGAGAGGCAAUUUCCCAACGCUGGACGUGCAGCCGAAGGAUAUCAUCCACAUGGUAAAGGAGCAGCUGAUCGAAAAGCAAAUCAGCGUGCGAGACGUGCGCCUGAACGGCUCGACGGCCAGCCACAUCCUGCUAGAGCAGAACGGAACCAGCUACAAGGACCUCGACAUCAUUUUUGGGGUGGAGCUUCCAAGCGAGCUGGAGUUCCAGGUUGUUAAGGAAGCGGUUCUUCAUUGCCUCUUGGACUUCUUGCCCAAGUGUGUCAACAAGGAGAAGAUCACGGCUCAGACCAUGAAAGAUGCCUACGUGCAGAAGAUGGUCAAAGUCUCCACCGACCACGAUCGCUGGAGCCUCAUCUCGCUGUCCAACAACAGCGGCAAAAACGUGGAGCUGAAGUUCGUCAACUCGCUCAGGCGGCAGUUUGAGUUCAGUGUGGACUCCUUCCAGAUCAUUCUGGACUCCAUACUGGGUGUUUACAGAGCCACAGACUGCAAGCUGGCAGAAGACUGUCACCCCACUGUCAUCGCCGAGAGCAUGUACGGAGACUUUGACGAAGCAAUGGACCACUUAAAAUACAGACUGAUUUCCACCAGGAACCCAGAGGAGAUCAGAGGAGGCGGCCUCCUGAAGUACAGCAACCUCCUGGUUCGUGACUUUAAGCCAGCAGAUCCAGCUGAAAUUAAAUCUCUGGAGCGUUACAUGUGCUCCAGGUUCUUCAUCGAUUUUCCAGAUGUUGCCGAGCAGCAGAGGAAGAUCGAGUCCUACCUGCGCAACCACUUCAUCGGGGAGGAGAAGAGCAAGUACGACUACCUGAUGACCCUGCGCCGUGUGGUGAACGAGAGCACCGUCUGCCUCAUGGGGCACGAGCGCAGGCAGACUCUCAACAUGAUCACCAUCCUGGCCCUGAAAGUACUGGGGGAGCAAAACAUCAUCCCCAACGCGGCCAACGUCACCUGCUACUACCAGCCUGCUCCCUACAUGAGCGACAGAAACUUCAGCAGUUACUACAUCGCUCACGGACAGCCACCCAUCAUCUACCAGCCCUACCCCUUUCACAUACAACUGCAGAGCGGCAUGGUUUAG